UGUCGGAGAGGGAAUCGCGCUCCGAUGAUCCAGCAAUUCCGAUCGAGCCCAAAUUGCCUUCCCCUCUUCUCCCAGACCCCCAGGACCACUGACCCACCAUCUCCGAAACAGAACUGCGGGCACACUCUCAAACAAUUGCUCGUAACUCCACACCAAGGCUUGGUAAGCGAAUGGUUCACCGAAUCUGAAUCCACUGGGGAUUCACUCCAUCCGGAUACUGCCUGCCACCAUGAAGCGGAUAUUCUGCUCACCCACAUUGAAGACCUCGACCAAGAGGCGGACCAAGGUUGAGAAGAAGCUACAGGAUGCUGUGGAACAGGGAGAUGUUGGCAAAGUGCGUGCCAUCCUCAAAGGUGGUACGGUGGUAGCAUCCAAACUGGACUCGGACGGGAGAUCUCUACUCCACCUCGCAGCAGCUCGAGGGAGAACGGAGUGUUUGGAGAUCCUACUGUCCUACCAGCUCAACGUGGAGGCUCGUGAUGGAGACGGUUGUACUGCAUUGCAUGUGGCAGUGAGGAAUUCCCAGUUGGAGUGCGUCAGGAGCCUGGUGAAGCACAAAGUCCCACUGACAGCGGUAGACCAUCACGGACGGACAGCGCUGCACUGCGCAGCAAUGUGUGGCUGCGUGGAAAGUGCCAGGCUGCUUUGUGAUCAAGGGAUCGACCUUGACCCCCUGGAUCAAGACAGCCAGACCCCGCUGAUGCUCACUGCCCGGUUCGGGCACCCCGGGGCCUGCCAGUUGUUGCUGGAUCGAGGGGCCACCGUCGAUGUCACCGACUCGAAACGCAGGACGGCGCUGAUCCUGGCCUGUGAGAGCGACUGCCCAGAGGUGGCCGAGAUCCUGUUGCGGGCUGGGGCGGACCCAGGACUGAUGGACGCCACCGGGCGCGGUGCCCACCACUAUGCCCUGCACUCUCGGAGCGGGCGCCUGCAGGGUCUCCCGCCCCUGGUGGCCCACAAUGCCACCAGCACAGAGCCUGGACCCACUGUGAAGAAGCACUCGCAGGUAUUGGCCGAACUUUCGGGGAGCGACUCCACGAGUGUCCAGCAGGAGGUGCCCAAGGGGCCAAGCGCUGGUAAUGGCAAUGAGGCAGAGGGCGAAGGCGGCAGUGCCUGGCGGGAAAUGGCCAGGGCGGAGGCGUCAUCUCCGGAGCCCUGGAGCAGGCAGACCAGGGUCGGGCAGGAGAUUCCAGACGGCUGGGAGGUGGCCAAGCUGCGGGAGGAGCUGGGGAGGCUGGCGGAGGAGAAGGACGAGGCGGAGAGGCGGUUUGUGGAGCUGGAGGGCCACCUGGACAACGUGCGGGCGCUCAUGUCGCAGUACCGCCUCCGCAAGUGCUCGCAGAGCCUCCAGAUCGAGGAGCUGGAGAUCCAGGUGCUCGAGCUGACGGGCGCCAACGCAGAGCUGGCGGGCCUGGCGAGGACGCUCCAGGAGAGGCUGGAGGGCAGGGUGCCGGGCGGGGACCUCUGGCCGAAGACAGAGCCCUCGGGAAUCAGGGAAGAGGGUCCCAGAGAGAGCACAGUCGGAGGAACUGCGCCAGGCGGAGAGCCCCUAAGAGGUGAAGAGCUGACAGGGGCGAGUCCCCGAGACUCCGACGAUGCCAGCGUGCUGACAGACUCAUCCAGCGAGGAAGAGGAGCCGGAGAGGGAUUCGGCCGCUGCCCGCUGGCCGCUCGGCGAGCCGAGAGAGGCGGGCGAAGGGAGAAUGGGUUCUCCUGGGGUGCCCAUGUCUCUCCUCCAAGGAGCGGAGGAGCGGGAGGAGGUGGAGAGACUCCGCGAGGGCUUCCAGAUGGCAUCAGCCUCCCUGGAGGCCUGUCAGCGGGAGGUGCUGGAGCUGAGGGCAGAGCGGGUGGCCGAACAGCGCAGGGGCGAGGAGAGGCUGUCAGAGGCCAGGGAAUGUCUGAAGGAUCUCGAGGAGCAGUGCCGCCGUUCGGAGGAGAAGCUCCGGGCAGAGGCGGAGGAACAUUGCCGGACCCGCGCCAGCCAAGAGGAAAUGAUUCGGGAGAUGCUGGGCGUGAUUCAGAGGCUCAAUGACGAGAAGGACAUCUUUCAACAGAAAAGCGAAAGCGCACAACAGCGACUGAAGGAAGCAGAGAGACAUCACAGAGAAGUGAUUUCAACUUACCGAGCUCACCUACUCAACGCAGCCCAGGGCCUGAUGGACGAAGAGGUGUAUCUUCUCCUGGCAGGAAUCUGGAAGAUGCAGCAGGGAAUAUUUUGACGGAAGAAGCGAAGGGAUUGUUUGGUUGGGGGGGGAGUGACUAACGGGAGAAGUGUUGGCAUCGCCCAGAGAUGGAUUCUCCAAGCAAUAGCCUCUCAGAUCCUCCACUCCCACUCUGUUCCACACUGAGAGUGGCAUCAUCACAGCAGAUUGGCACACGACCAGCAGGUGCUGAGGGCGGUUCACCGGACCCGAAACUUCAGCUCUGAUUUUGUCCUUUUCUUCGAGGAUGCUGCCAGAUUUGCUGAUCUUCUCCGGCAACUUCUGUUUCCUCUCUUCUCCCCAACCCUUGCCACCUCAGCAAGGGAAUGCCAUGCCCCUCCAACAGAUGCCAUCCCCUGGCACCAGCUUCUGUGGGCACCGUUCACUGUCGCAGGCUAUUCAACCUGAUGGGGCCUCCCGCACUCAGCGAGCGGCGACCGAUCCGGUGUCUCCUCCUCCUCUUCUGGGCACAUUUUACUCAAUAACGUGCGUCAUUCCCCCCAAGCCCGGGCAUCAGAAGUCAGGCCCAACUUGAGGUGCACAGCUUCUGUUGCGGACUCUCCAAGAAAACUGCGCAUUUUCUUCUGCGGCUCAAAACUGAGCGUCCUCGGCUGAGGAAGUCAACCGAUUUCCUCCUUUUCAAGGGGUUUAGAUGGUGAGUAAAGAAAUUGUGACGAUACCCCCACCAGUUUAGAAAGAUCUUUUCGAGACUUACGAAAUCCCGAGGAUGUUGGGGGAAGCUCGGGAGGCUGUUUGCCUUAAUCAGGCUGACUAAAGCAAGGGUCAGCGCACAGAAUAAAGGCCAAGUUCCCCAUCACAGGCAGAUUUAUUCUUAUCUCAGAGAAUUGACGGAAUUUCCUUGGCACUGUGUGAUGAGCUGAGGUCAAGCAGGCCCAGGCCCCUUCCUUCCUCGCAGGUUAGAAGCUGAAGAGGUGAUUUUAUUCAAACAUACUUUUAGGGGGAAAUUGACAGGAGAGAUGCAGAGAGGUUGUUACUCCCUUGUGUGGGAGAGCCUAGGAACCAGAGGGGCAUCAUCUUAGCAUUAGGGGUGGCCCAUUGAAGACAGAGGUGGGGAGGAGAAUAGGCAGGACUAGCCCUUUGGAUACAAGGGGUGGUGGUGGAGGGUUGUUCUCAGGCUGGAGACCCGUGACCAGCGGCGUGCCACAAGGAUCGGCGCUGGGUCUACUGUUUUGUGUUAUUUAUAUAAAUGUUUUGGAUGUGAACGUAGGAGGUACGGUUAGUGAGUUUGCAGAUAACACCAAAGUUGGAGAUGCAGUAUGGAGCGAAGAAAGUUAUCUCAGAGUACAACAGGAUUUUGAUCAGAUGGGCCAAUGGGCUGAAGAGUUUAAUUUAGAUACAUGUGACGUGCUGGAUUUUGCAAAGGCAGAUCAGGGCAGAACUUAUACACUUAAUGGUCAAGUCCUGGGGAGUGUUGCUGAACAAAGAGACCUUGGGGAGCAGGCUCAUAGCUCCUUGAAAGUGGAGUCGCAGGUAGACAGGGUGGUGAGGAAGGUAUUCAGUAGGCUUGCCUUCAUUGGUCAGUGCGAUGAGGAUAGGGAGUUGGGAGGGUCAUGUUGCAGCUGUACAGGACAUUGGUUUGGGCCACUUUUGGAAUACUGCGUUCAAUUCUGGUAAAGGAAGGUUGUGAAAUUUGUAAGAGUUUGGGAAAGAUUUACAAGGAUGUUUGCCGGGGUUGGAGGGGUUGAGCUACAGGGAAAGGCUGGGGCUAUAUUCCCUGGAAUGUCAGACGCUGAGGGGGUGACCUUGUAGAGGUUUAUAAAACCAUGAGGGGCAUGGGUAGGGGGGAUAGACAAGGUCUUUUCCCCCAGGGGUAGGGGGGAGUCUAAAACUAGAGGGGCAUUGGUUUAACGUGAGAGGAGCAAGAUUUAAAAGGAACCUGAGGAGAAACUUUUUCCACACAGAGGGUGGUGCGUGUAUGGAAUGGAAGUGGUGGAGGCUGGUACAGUUACAACAUUUAAAAGGCAACUGGAUGGGGACAUGGAUAGGAAGGGUUUAGAGGGAUAUGGGCCAAAGGCUGGCAAACUGGACUAGAUUAAUGUAGGAUAUCUGGUCAGCACAGACGAAGGGUCUGUUUCUGUGCUGUGUGUCUCUAUGACUCAGCGAGGGAGCAGGGACAGAAUUGGUGCCAGAUAGUACCGAAUGGCAGAGCAGGUCAGAUGGGCUGAGUUGCCUCAUCCUGACCUUCGUUUCUGACCCACAAAACACGUUGAGGGGGUUUUUUUGGGCAUCUCCUUCUGGGCAUUGACAACAUGGGAAGCUCUUUUGCAGUGUGAGGUGGGAACUGGGAGUAACACAAACCAGGGAGACGACACAGUUUUAAAAAUACAUAUUCUAUAUGGGAAUCCCUAUGUGCUCAGGUCAUCUCCCCCGCUCCAUCCAAAAACAAUGGCACCUCAUCCAUAAGACCAGCGAGAGAAGCCACUGUUAUCAGACUCCCGAAUGGACCACUCAUCUGUUAGAGUCAAUCAUCCUCUGCACCAUCCCCAUAGCUGCAAAGCUAUAUUCUGUUCUAUUACUCUGAUGUACUUAUAUAAGGGGUUAUUUACCCAGAUAGCGCACAAAACCAUAUUUGAUUUGAUUUAUCGCAGUCACACAUACCUAAGUACACAAGCUUUGUUUCGCCCGCAGAUCAUAGCAAACAAGAACUCACAGAUUGCAGGGUGCUUAGACAGAGAGAGGCAUACAAUGUCACAGCUGCAGGGGAGUUGCACCAAAGCAAGGUCGACAUCAGCAAGCUCGGAGUUACUUCCAUAUCAGAGGUCCAUUCUGCAGUCCAAUAACAGCAGGAUCAGAACCUGUUAGUGAAGCUUCUGCAGGACUGAAGAGGUCGGAAGAGAGCGACGCUGGGGUAGGAGGGGUCCUUGAUGAUGUUGGCAGCCCUUCUGCAGCGAUGAGAAGUUUAGAUGCAGUCCGUGGUCAUCUUCCGUGAUGGUCUGGGCUGUGCACGCAACUUUCCGCAGUUUCUGACAGUCCUGGCCGGAGCUGUUGCUGUCCUAAGCCAAUAUGCGCCCAGAUAGAGUGCUUUCUAUGGUGCAUCUGUCAAAAGAGAGUGAGGGUCCUUGUGGACUUGCCAAAUUUCUUGAGCUGAGAAGAGGGGACAUUAUCGUGCCUUCUUGACCAUCAUAUCUAGAUGGAAAAUCCAGGACACAUUGUUGGUGAUAGUCACUCCUGGGAAUUCAGAUCCCCCACACCUCAGCUUCUUCAUUGUAGACAAGAGUGUGUCCUCUCCUUUCACUUUUUUUAAAAAAACUGUAUCUCCUUACAUGUGGAAAUAACAAAUCAAACCAAAAAAAUCCCCUUUCACUUACCAAGAAUGAGAUAAAGCCAAUCCCAUGAGCUGACUGCAUAGAGGUUUGGUUUGGACAAGAGCUGCAGAAAUGGGAAGGAAAGGCUGAAAUUGAGGAGGAAUCUUUUCUCAUUUAAAAUUGUGGAAUGGUUGUCUGGAUAGUGGUUUUGGGGAGGGGGGGGGGCGGCGCGCCAUGCUAAUUCAAUUGUAAAAGCAGAAAUCAGGUAGAUUGUUGAUGGAAAGAAUUUUGCUGGAGCUGCAGUAAACAGAUGGCUCUAUUUGUUGUGCUUACACCACUGGGUCAGGGACAACAUUGAAAGGGGCACACACAAUCGCUGUCCAACCCUUCUCCCCGUAUUCGUAAGGAAUUUGUGGUCCAUGAGACUGGAAUUCAGCCUUUUGACCUGACAUCGAUUUGCCAUCUGCCAAAAGAAUUCCAAAGACAAAGCGAAGUCUCUGUUUCAAGGGCCGGCUCCAAUUCCAGGAUGUUGACACGUCCUUUUCGAACUUACUUUCCCAUUUUGAUGAUGCUGUCUUUUUAAGAGGCUAUUGCGUCCUUGUUUUUGUUUGAAGGGGACAUUGUAAGGCAGAGGUGCUGACCUGGGUAGUUUAGACCACUUGAGUAAACAACUGGGUUUUUUUUUAAGAAAAACAGGCCUGAAAACAUGCAGCUAGCUCUCUCAGAUCAGGAUUUCUGGGCAACAUCAGAAGCUAUUGGGGUCUCCACAGAGUGAGCGUUCAGGGAACUUCUCCUGGUUGCUACUCUCUCUGAAUUUCCUUUUUCCUCUUGGAUUGGAGAACUGCAUGUGAGAAUCUGUGUCUGAAUUUUCCUCUUGCUUUUGCCGAGGGGCGUUUAGUGGAUGUCAUUACAUUGGAACUGUUAAUUAGUAGCAGCUAUUGUAUCUAUUAUUGCUAAUAGAGUUGUUAAUCUAAAUUCCUCUUUCUUUUGUUUCUAUG